AUGGCGCGUGUUCCCCUGAUUGGGAGACUCUUCUGGUUCGAAUACCUGGCGCUUUUUGCGUCCUUGAUACUUGUUCUACUCGAAACUAUUAUUCAUCUGAUUACUUUUUGCCUUCCAACGCCGAUUAUCAGUUUCUGCUACGAACAAUCAAAAUCGAUUUUCAACAAGUUUAUCUCCACGGAGCCUCGAGAAAAGCGAACGAAAGAGGAAAUCUUCGCAGCCUCGAUCGCGGAGGCGUCGGAUUUCAUCGAGAUAUGCUCGCUUUUCGGGUAUGAAGCAGAGGAGCAUAUCGUCCAAACAGGAGACGGGUAUCUUCUUGGACUACACCGAUUGGCCUAUCGGAAGGGCGAAGAGAGUAUUAGAGUGAAUCAAGGUGCUGGUGGACUCAGCAAGAAAGUCGUUUACCUUCACCACGGCCUUCUCAUGUGCAGCGAGGUGUGGGUUGCCCUAACCGACGAACAGCGGUGUCUGCCCUUCCAGCUGGUUGAAAAGGGUUAUGAUGUGUGGCUUGGCAACAACCGUGGCAAUAAAUAUGCGAAGAAAUGCAUCCGAUUCUCGCCUGGCUCGCACGAGUUCUGGGACUUUUCGAUCGAUCAAUUCGCCUUUCAUGACAUUCCUGACAGCAUCGAGUACAUCCUUGGAGUGACCGGCCAGCCGUCAUUAUCCUAUAUUGGAUUCUCGCAAGGAACAGCCCAAGCUUUUGCAACACUUUCUAUUCAUCCCCUUCUGAACCAAAAGGUGGAUGUCUUUGUGGCACUUGCUCCUGCAAUGGCUCCUUCGGGGCUACGCAAUCGCAUUGUCGACUCUCUGAUGAAAGCAUCGCCUGAUUUCUUGUUCCUACUAUUUGGUCGACGCAGUAUAUUGUCAUCGACAACCAUGUGGCAAACCAUCCUAUACCCACCAAUCUACGUCCGCAUCAUCGAUAUGGCACUAUCAGCCCUGUUCAACUGGAAGUGCCGCAACAUCACCCGAACACAGAAAUUGGCCGCCUAUCUCCAUCUGUACUCCUUCACCAGCACCAAGUCCGUCGUGCACUGGUUCCAAAUCAUCCGCAACAAGAACUUCCAAUUCUUCGACGACGAAACUCACGCCCCCUUCAGCGUCGUCGCAAGUGAGCGUUUCUACAAGCCCGUCAAAUACCCGACUCGCAAUAUCAAAACUCCCAUCGUGCUCUUGUACGGCGGCAGUGACAGCCUCGUCGAUAUCAAUGUCAUGCUCCAGGGUUUGCCUCGUGGUACAGUCGCCAAGGCAAUUCCUACGUAUGAGCACCUUGACUUCCUGUGGGCCGAGGAUGUCGACCGCCAGGUGUUUGGUCAUGUCUUUGAUGCACUCGAGACGUAUAGUCACAGUGCGGUUGAUCCCACCGAGCCACCUCUGCUUGAGGUGCGUCAUGAUGGGAAGAUGCUCAUUGAUGGACGUGCUUCUAAUACUUCGGCGCCGCGAAUUCGUUCGAAGGAGACUCUAUUAAAUGGUGCUUCGUAA